CACCACGCCGACUAUGGGAGGCCGUGUCCCUCUGCCUUGCAUCGCCCUGAAGCAUGGCGCCGACUCAGACAAGCCGGCGUGACCAACAGCAACGCCUGGCCGACGCCGCGGGGAUGGAUCCUGAUCCGCGACGACACCACCACGUUUCUGCAGAACCCACAGGAUUCCGACGGAAAGAUUCAGCUGCCGCACCUGCCGGAAGUCGUGCACAACAGAUGCGCAUGCGUGCUCUCCGGCAAACCGACGAUCCCAGGCUGCAUCGUGCUUCUCGUCGAGCCCGAAGACACCAUCAUCUGGUACUGUCACGUCGGAGGAGAAGAUGAGGAGUGGGCUAGACAUGAGUAUGAUAUUGGAACACAGCCCUUGCUUCCACUCGUGGAUGGCAAGGGCCACGAGAAGGCGCCGAUAACCUCGAUCGCUGCUUGCCAAGGCAAGUUCUACUUCAAUGGCAGAUUCAACAGCAUCCGCGUGCUGGAGUUCACCCCAGAGCCGACGUUCAGCUUCAUCGCAAUCACGGAACCCUUGGAUUUCUGGGGCGCAGCUAGCGUAUUCUUGGUGGAGUCAGAGGGCGAACUAUACAUGGUAAGCCAGCUGUUUGACUACAACCUCGAGUACAUCUGCGAUGUCACUGUUCAUAAGAUGGAUUUCUCCAAGCAUCAAUGGUGCACAGCCGAGGACAUCGGUGGUCGUACGUUCUUGAUAGCUCCAUGUUAUUUCGGUGCUUCACGUUCGGCCAAUGAGUGUGGGCUGGAGAAGGAUUGUGUCUACGCUAUUUUUGUGCGUUAUAAAUAUUUUGAGGUAUCCAAGGUAGAGGAUGGAGAAACCGAAGAGUAUGAUCUCAUCGAAGCUCCAAAUUCAGAUAUAGGGAUGUGGAUUUUGCCCACCGUCUAGUUUCACAAUUGGGAAUUUUAUCAUCUUUUUUGCAUGGAAAGAAACAUGUUUUUUUUAUCCAGUGUAACCGUAGUUAAUUAUUUGUAUUUCCAACUUUAGUAAGCUAUAUAUAUGAAACAGUAUUAUUGGUCACACAUCAAUCAGUGUUACAAGAAUUUUUGUUGGAAAGAAAGGGAGGGUUCGUUGAAA